AAAUAAAUUUUCUUAACCCUAGCAGAGCCGCUGCCCUCUUCUUCCUCCUCCGUCUUCGUCCUCUUCUUCUUCUCCGUCUGGCAGCGCUGUUACCGCCGCUAUCGAAGCAAUAUAACAGAUAUCCAAAUUUUCCACAGGAAUGAGAUGGUUUGGAACAAAAUCAGAUUGAAUCGGGUACAAUUGCAAUUUUGGUGAUUCCUGCUUCUAUUGCUGGCUAAUAUCUUCCGGUGAUCUUCCAAAAUAACGCCCAAGUGUUCAUUAUAUUGUUCCAAAAAUGGGUAAUCUGCCGCCGCCGGAUCCAGUUGCUGUGCUCAGAGGCCACCGUGCUUCGGUCUCCGAUGUUUCCUUUCAUCCUGUCAAGAACAUCUUGUUCACUGGCGCUGCAGACGGCGAAUUGCGCGUAUGGGACACAGCACAACAUCGAACAAUUGCAUCUUCAUGGGUUCACAGCGCCGCUCACGGCAUCACCGCCGUGGCAGCUGCCGGCGAAGAGAACCGAGUUAUUACACAAGGAAGAGAUGGAACUAUCAAGUAUUGGGACAUCGGAGAAGGCGGCCUGUCGCGAAAUCCAAUCACUACCGUCAAAACAAACUCCUACCACUUCUGCAAAUUCUCAUUAACAAGCAAUCCGACUGCAAGAACUCCAGAAACUGUCGAUGAAACGCCGUUAUUAUUCAAUGGGCGUAGUUAUGUAGCUGCAGCAGGGGAAGAUCUCUCGUUAGUCGAUCUUUGGGAUCUUCAGAACGCCAAAAAGAUUUUAACAUUACCUCAUCCGUCGUCGAGCUUUACUACACGAGCGAGAGGAAUGUGCAUGUCGAUCCGGGCCUUUACACCUGCAAAUAUUUUGUCGGGCUACGAGGACGGGUCAAUGGUUUGGUGGGAUUUGAGGAACCCGGGAGUGCCAUUGACGUCGGUAAAAUUCCACGCCGAACCCGUUCUAAGUUUGUGCGUCGAUAGUCUUUGCCGAGGAGGCGUAUCCGGGUCUGCCGACGAUAAAACAGUGAUUUUUGCAAUGGAUCCGUCGGGGGGCGCGUGUGUGGUGAAGAAAGAAAUUGUGUUGGAGAGGGCCGGGAUUUCGGGGACGGCAAUCCGUCCCGAUGGUCGGAUUUUUGCGACGGCGGGUUGGGAUCGGCGGGUGCGGAUUUACGAGUAUAGAAGAGGGAAAGGUUUGGCAAUUUUGAAGUAUCAUAACGGGAGCUGCAAUGGUGUGUCGUUCUCAGGUAACGGUAAAGUUAUGGCUUCGUGUUCGGAGGAUUCGACUGUGGCGUUGUGGGAACUUUAUCCUCCUAUUAGUAAAGAUUAGAUUAGAUUGGGUAUGUAUGUCUUUAUUGAACUUGGAAUGUUGUAUAUAUAUGGCCAAAUUCAUCUA